GAAUGCGGCGGUGACAAGGCGCAACUUUUGGAUCGUCGCUGAGGAAUCAAAGAUUUAGAUCUCUGCGGGUUACCUGCAUGACGGUUACCAUGACAGCAUCUGGAGCCCAACUCCUCCUGUUGGCCUUAUGUGUUUACAGAGGCUCAGGCCUGCAGCAGUCUGCUCCUCGGGUUCGCCUCUCCUUCAAAGAACUGAUGGACACACGUGCAGCUCGACCUUUUAGUUUCUCCUUCAACACCAGCGACUACCGCAUCCUCCUGAUGGACCAGGACCAGGGCCGCCUCUACCUGGGCAGCCGGGAGUACCUGGUGGCCCUGGACAUGCAGAACGUCAACAAGGAGCCACUCAUAAUCCACUGGCCGGCAUCCGCCAAGAGAAAGGGAGAAUGUCAGAUGACGGGAAAGGGGAGACAGGGCGAAUGUGCCAAUUUCGUGAGGUUGAUCGAGCCGUGGAACCGCACCCACCUCUACACCUGUGGAACGGGGGCGUACCAGCCCAUCUGCACAUUCAUCAACCGAGGCUGGAGGGCGGAGGACUACCUGUUCAGGCUGGUCCCUGGGUACGUGGAUUCAGGGAAGGGAAAAUGCUCCUAUGAUCCAACACAGGAGAACAUAGCAGUUCUCAUCAAUGGGAACCUAUACGCAGGCGUCCAUAUUGACUUCAUGAGCACGGAUGCUGCUCUGUUUAGGACCAUGGGCGGCAGAACGGCAAUCAGGACGGAGCAGUACGACUCCAGGUGGCUGAAUGAGCCGGUGUUUGUUCAGAUCCAGCAGAUCCCUGACAGCGCACAAAAGAACGACGACAAACUUUACUUCUUUUUCCGAGAGAAGAGUCUAGACUCCAGCGGGGGGGCGAGCCCCAGUGUUCUGGCCAGGGUGGGAAGAGUGUGUCUGAAUGAUGAAGGAGGACAGAAGUCUCUGGUGAACCGCUGGACGACCUUCCUGAAGGCUCGUCUUAUCUGCUCCGUGAUCGGAGAAGAUGGAGUGGAGACGCGCUUCGAUGAACUACGGGACGUGUUUAUUCAACCGGCGCAGGAUGAACGCAGCCCGAUGGUGUACGCCCUCUUCACCACGGCCGGCUCCGUGUUCAAGGGCUCAGCCGUCUGCGUGUACGCCAUGGCUGACAUACGCAACGUGUUCAACGGACCGUUCGCCCACAAACACGGACAUAACUACCAGUGGACAGAGUACACGGGCAAGAUUCCCUACCCACGACCUGGAACAUGUCCAGGAGGAACCUUCACUCCAGACAUCCGCUCCUCCAAGAACUUCUCGGAUGAGGCUGUGGAUUUCAUCCGAGCUCAUCCCCUCAUGUUCCACCCAGUCUAUCCUAUCCACCGCCGCCCCCUGGUGGUGAGAACCGGCGUGGACUACCGCUUCACGGCCCUGGUGGUGGAUCAGGUGGAUGCUGUGGACGGACGCUACGAGGUGCUGUUCCUGGGGACAGAUCGAGGAACCGUGCAGAAAGUCAUCGUUUUGCCGAAGGACCCCAUCAGCAUGGAGGAACUCACGCUGGAGGAAGUGGAGGUUUUUAGGACCCGGGCUCCUGUCAAAACCAUGAAGAUAUCUUCUAAAAGACAACAGCUCUACGUGUCCUCGGACGCCGGGCUGACCCAGGUGUCGCUGCACCGCUGUGGGGUCUACGGCCGGGCCUGCUCCGACUGCUGCCUGGCCCGGGACCCCUACUGCUCCUGGGAUGGAGAGAGCUGCUCCGCCUUCACCCCGUCCACCAAGAGGAGGAGCAGGAGACAGGACGUGAAACAUGGGGACCCUCUGAGGCAGUGCAGAGGCUUCAAUGCAAAAGUGGAGAAACGUCUCAGAGAAACGGUGCAGUUCGGGGUGGAGGGCAGCAGCACGUUCCUGGAGUGUCAGCCUCGAACUCCUCAGGCCACCGUCAAGUGGCUCUUCCAGAGGGAAGGAAGGAGGAAAGUGCUCAGCCGAGUGGGGGGUGUUGUGAAGACCAACCACGGCAUCCUCCUGAAGUCCCUCAACCAAUCAGACGCCGGCCUCUACCACUGCCUGGCCACCGAGAACAACUUCAAACACACCCUGGCCCGGGUGGCGCUUCGCAUCCUGGACCGGGACAUCGUGCUGGCUCUCACCGCGCAGGACGAGGACGAGGAGCCCAAGACCCGGCAGGCGGGACCCCACCCGCAGACCUCCUUCGUCUCCACCCCCUUCCCCCCGGAGAUCAGACUGAUCAACCAGUACUGCAAGUCCUACUGGGAACAGCUGAGUCCCAAACAGCAGCAGCAGCGCAAGCGCACCAGCCGCCGGCACACGGAGAGCCAGGACCAAGGCCUCGGCUAG